AUGCACUUCUCCACUGGACUUGUCACCGGCCUUCUGCCGGCUGCUGCUCUCGGCUUCUCGCACCUCGCUCGUCAGGAAGACAGCGCCCUAACGCCGAAGCAUUACACCUGGACUGCCCCAGGCGAGGGCGACGUCCGCGCUCCCUGCCCCGUCCUCAACACACUGGCCAACCAUGAAUUCCUCCCCCACAACGGCAAGAACAUCACCGUCGACAAGGCCAUCACCGCUCUCGGCGAUGCCAUGAACAUCUCCCCCGCCCUGGCAACCACCUUCUUCACCGGCGGCCUCAAAACGAACCCGACCCCCAAUGCGACAUGGUUUGACCUCGACAUGCUCCAUAAGCACAACGUGCUCGAGCACGACGGCAGCCUCUCCCGGCGGGACAUGCACUUCGACACGUCCAACAAGUUCGACGCCGCCACCUUCGCCAACUUCCUCUCCUACUUCGACGCCAACGCCACGGUGCUCGGCGUCAACGAGACCGCCGACGCGCGCGCCCGCCACGCGUACGACAUGAGCAAGAUGAACCCAGAGUUCACCAUCACGUCGUCGAUGCUGCCCAUCAUGGUGGGCGAGAGCGUGAUGAUGAUGCUGGUGUGGGGCAGCGUCGAGGAGCCGGGCGCGCAGAGGGAUUACUUCGAGUACUUUUUCAGGAACGAGCGCUUGCCGGUCGAGCUGGGGUGGACGCCCGGAGAGACGGAGAUUGGGGUGCCGGUUGUGACGGCGAUGAUCACGGCCAUGGUUGCUGCCAGCCCGACGGACGUCCCGCUGCUUUUCUCUCCGUGA